GGAGGGGGGACUCCUGAUGGAGCUGGGAUGGACCUCCACAGGAUUGGUUGAUGGUCGCUGUCGCUGUGGCCCUGUGCCAAGCCCUUAUGUCUUUAUAUACUGUAAACAGAUGACCGGACAGUCCUGAGUGUGCAUCGCAUCCACUCUGCCUCCGUGCGGCUCCUCUGCCUCUCUCUUUAGGACCCUCAGUCUGUGAGAGAUCCACGGCUUCUUCUCCCUCUUCCACCCACUGUGUCCUCUCUCUCCGGCUGUGAAACAAUGGCCAUGCCGAGCCUUCUCCUCUCUGUGACCGUGUGGCUUCUGGCUGGGAGCCUCAUCGCAGAGGCAACUUACUACCGGCACCACCGUUACAUCCCACACUUCUACCGCUACCGGGAGCAUCACUCCGCCAACACGGAAAACCUCCUCCCUGAGGUCUCCAACCCCGCGCCCGAGGUCUCCCAACCCGCAGUGCCGAGCCACCCCCAGAUCCCCGAGGUCUUCCACCCUGCACCUGAAGUCCUCCCCGCUAUCCCAGAGGCUUUCCAUCCCGUACCUGAAGUGGUGCAUCCUGCACCUGAGUCCUACCACCCGGUGGAGGUUCCCCAGGCGGUUCCUGAAGCCCCCUCCCCUGUAAACAUGAGCCACUUUUAUGGGGUCAUGUUUGACGCAGGGAGCACAGGCACCAGGAUCCACAUCUAUAAGUUUAUUCAGAAAGACCCCGUUGAGCUGCCUGUUCUGGACAAUGAAAUGUACCAUGCAGUGAAGCCUGGAUUGUCUGCUUAUAAAGACAACCCUGAGGAGGGUGGCAACACUGUCCGACAGUUGCUGAAGAUUGCCAAGAAGACAAUCCCAGAGGAUGAGUGGAAGAGGACCCCGGUGGUCUUAAAGGCCACAGCAGGUCUCCGUCUCCUGCCUGAAGACAAGGCCAAUGCUCUUCUGAAGGAGGUGCGAGAAGUAUUUGAUGAGUCUCCGUUCUUUGUGCCAAACAACAGCGUUUCCAUUAUGAAUGGAACCAAUGAAGGAGUCCUCGCCUGGGUUACAGUGAACUUCCUCACAGGUCACUUGUAUUCCAACACAAGAAGGACAGUGGGGAUCUUGGAUUUGGGUGGAGGAUCUACACAGAUUACUUUCCUUCCUAAGUCCAAGAAAACCGUUCAUUCUGCUCCCCCCUCUUACAUCGCAAAAUUCAACCUGUUCAACAAUACGUAUCAACUCUAUACACACAGCUACCUUGGAAAUGGACUGUACGCAGCUCGACUGGCAACUCUUGGAGCUCUAGGAGCUGAUGGUCUAGAUUGGAAAAUCUUCACUAGUUCCUGCCUCCCAAAGAAGUUCAGAGAAGAUGUGACUUUUGGUGGAACCACCUACAAAGUUAGCGGGAUUCCAGACGGCUAUGCCGGCUAUAAGCUGUGCUACUAUGAGGUGAUGAAGGUUAUCAAAGGAAUAGUGCACCAGCCAUAUGAAGUGAAGGGCAGCAGCAUCUUCUAUGCUUUCUCCUACUACUUUGACAGAGCUGUGGAGACUGGCCUCAUUGAUAGCAGCCGAGGUGGUAGAGUGGAGGUCAGAGAUUUUAAGAAAAGAGCCAAAGAAGUAUGCAACAAAAUGGCCAAAUACCGUGCUAUCAGCCCCUUCCUCUGCAUGGAUAUGACAUAUAUCACUUGUCUGCUAAAGGAGGGCUUCGGCUUCAAGGACAACACUGUGCUACAGCUUGCCAAGAAAGUCAACAAUGUAGAGACAAGCUGGGCCCUGGGGGCCACCUUUGACUACUUCCGAAACCUCAACAUCCACUAAGGACAGCUUGCUGUCACUACAGCCAGCACUGAGAGGGACAGUCUGUCACUGUGGGGCUUCCCUUCCUCCAUCCACCCCCGAUCAGCCCGUCCCCUCACAGACACCACCCACCAUGCUUCCUCACCCACCGUGCCCCUCCUCUUUUCCUCAACCUUGGCACCCUGCGAACAAUCUGAACUGUUGAAAAAGAAAUCACUAUAUUUUUAUAAGGCCAGCUAUUUCUACUGUAUGUUGAGCUCAUUACUAGUGAGCUGAUUUUAUUUUUGUAAAACGUUUACAUGUUUGAUUCCUUAUGGGUGUCUGAUCUGAAAUGUCUUUCUCACCUACCUGUAAAGUGUGUAGAGGGUAGUUUAGACACAAGACAAGCAGUCAUGGUAUUUUGAUACUUACUGUGGUCCUGGUGUGCACUGUACAGUGCAAAAAAUGGUUGCUAUAAAUGCAGCCAUUGUCUUUUUAAUGGCUUGUUAAUCAAUCUUUUUUCAGUGUAGAACUAAAUAUAUAAUAGGACCCAAAAACUUUCACCCCAAGCUUUAGGCAAGUUAGACAACAUUGGGAAUAGAGCAGAUAAAAAAACUAUACAGCUUCAUUUUCUUCAACUUUGCACAUAACACUUUAAUUGCAGAUAUUGUAGCUAAGACAUGAUCACUUUGCUUUCAUGCCAUCUGCAGAGUUGUAUAUAUUCAUCAGGUAGUGUUGGCUUCACCGUGGGAAGCAAAGAGAGUGCGGGUGAGUGAGAGCUCUCACAGAGUGCGUUGUAUAGCUGUUACAUGUAUGAGGUUAAUACCUGUACUUUAAAGUUUAGCCAUUUCUGUUUGUUUUGUCUAUAGUGAAACAGUCCUCAUCUGAGUGGCUAAAUUGCAGGGCCUCCAGGUCUGAACUAUGUUUUAGACUGGCAAUAAAAAAAAAAAGCUUAUCAUGGGUAGCUAGUGCAUCCAACAACAUAAUUUAUACCAAUUAAAUACAGAAAAUGAUAAACAGAAAUUAUGCAAAACAGUUUGAAGCCCAUGACUCUUUGAUGGGUAGGGAUGUAGCUGGUUCCUGUAAAACAGUAAUAUUGAAUUCUGCUGGUUAUUUUCUUGUGAAAUGUACAAAUGUUAUGUAAUGUAGAGUAUUUUAAUUAUCCUCCAAUAUUAACUUUUGGACUUUUUUUGUGCAGCUGCUUUCUAAGCCAUGUCUUUGCUGUCUUCUCAGUAUCCAUCUCCAGUAACUACUGCUGUAUAUACUUAAUGUAAACUUUGAACAAAUAACAUGUCAUGAACUUUUACAUUACAAAAACUCUAUGCCGCACAGUUGCUCAAAAAUGCCUCUUUGUUCAUCGGUAUGAUGACUAACAAAUGUAAAUUGUUGUUUUUAUCAAAUCCAGUGAGUGUAUACAAUACAUGUAUGUUUUAAUAAAAUAUGAAAUACUGUAUAUUCUUUGCUUUUUUCUUUUUUUUAAUAUAUUGUCUAUUAAGUUAAUUCUUGUCAUGAAUUGUUGGAGGGUACAGAGCUACCCUGUUGUCUUUUAAGUAAAAACCUAAGCUUUGAGUACUUGAAGAAAAACUGGAAUUUUGACUACUCUCAGAAUACAGUUUCCUCCAACUAAAAAUGAAGAAUUAAACAUGUAACAUAUGGGUAAAACAAAUGACACAGAACAUUUUUUGUCUAUG